ACGAUUUAGUACAAGCCUCAAAUCUCUCCUCCUAAUGACAGACAUUGAAUGAUGCGAUUGUACUAAUUAGCAACCAUGCUUAAUUCCCCAAUGACAUAUUGGCCGAGACCGUAAACACGGUCCCGGCUCAGUCUCGAGCCGCCGCCGCAAGCAAUAAAUCCACGGGAGGAGAUUGUUCUAUUUUUAGACGCAAACGCCCCCAUUGAAAACAUUCGACCGCGCUGUCCCACUGACAUAAAUGCCCCUGCCAUUUGAUCAAUGGUAGGCUUAAUGCCGGAGAAAUAGGCUUCAAAUCGCUGGGCUGAUAGAAGGCAGUUAUGCGGGAGGGGCGCUUCCAUUGCCGUGCGCGAGACAUGAGAACUGACGGAAGGGAAUACCCGGCAUUCCGGCUAUGAUAGAAUCCUGAUGCUGACGCUGUAACUCGCUUUUUUCACACAGCAGUGUCUAUCCCCACGCGUGCACGCACACACACACAUACACACAUACCCACCCACACACACGCCCUCUUUCUCUCGCUCUCUCGCGCUCUCUCUCUCUCACACACGCGCAAAAGAGGCGCGAGGCGCAACUCUGCGCUGAGCUCCCGGACUCUCCCGCGCGCCGCUCGCUGCGCUGUUAUAUUUCGCUUGAGAAAGUACAGGCUGCUACCGUGACUGACAUCCCACACACAAGCGCGAGGGCAUCCCUUUGCCUUGCAUUUAUUCGUCUUUCCGCCCUGGCUGUGUUCGUGGCGUGCUGUCGCAACGGCAUUGAGAAGGUAGAAUGGGCGAAACCGUCAGUUUUCUCCUGUAACUCUGGAAAUGGAUUCGACGUUCUCGCGGGGAGACAAAGACGAUGAGGCGCACCUGGGGGAGUUGGGGCCUGGCCGAGUGAGGAUGAGAGAGCGCCCCCUGUGGGACUACCCUCCGCACUUCCACUGGGCCAUGGAGGGGGAGUCCUUCACCUCCCCCCUGCUGCAGACAGGGGGCGCCGCCGCGCCCGACUUCGGCAUGACGCUGGAGCAGAAGACCACCUUCGCCUUCGUCAUCAUCCUCUUCAUCUUCCUGGGCAUCCUGAUCGUGCGCUGCUUCCGCAUCCUGCUGGACCCGUACCGCAGCAUGCCCACCUCCACCUGGGGCGACGGCCUGGACGGCCUGGAGAAGGGCCAGUUCGACUACACCCUGGCGUAACCCCCCCCAACUUCCUCCCGCACCGACCCGCACCCGCCCACCUUAUCCCACACCUGUCAACACCAACUCGCACCUGUCCAACCCACCCACACCUGUCAACACCAACCCGCACCCGUCCACCUUAUCCCACACCUGUCAACACCAACCCGCACCUGUCCAACCCACCCACACCUGUCAACACCAACCCACACCUGUCCACCUUAACCAACCCCUGUCCAGCCCACCCACUCCUGUCAACACCAACCUGCACCUGUCCAACCCACCCACACCUGUCCAGCCCCACCCCCACCCCUCCUCCCGGGCCACACCCAGGCCCUCCUGCCGCUCCGGUCUCAGCCGCAGUCUCACGCUGGAUAUUGUUUACACGAGCAGCCGGGGGGCGGUCCCCCCUCCCCCCCACGUGGUAGAUCUCCCUGUCCUCAUCACCUGAUACCUCACAGCCUACAGCUCGGAGAUUGUGCACACAUUAGACACACCUGCGCACACCUGCGCAGCCGUAGGACACACCUGCACACACCUGCGCAGCUGUAGGACACGCCGCGCACACCUGCGCAGCUGUUAGACACACCUGCGCAGCCGUAGGACACGCCGCGCACACCUGCGCAGCUGUUAGACACACCUGC